UAGCCGCCCCGGUGGAGGCCAAGACCAUAUAAACACGUCAAGGUAGCUAGCCAGCCCAAAGCGGAGAAGCACCACACCGCAUAGCUCCGCCGCUUCGCAAGCUAGCAAGAACAUCUCGAUCGAUCGAUCGAUCGAGCGAGCGACUCUAAUUAACUUGCUUCCGAUUCGACCUUUGGUCCUCGGGCUAGCUAGCAUCUCUGAUCGCGCCUCGCAAGUCGCAAGCAAGUCGGUAUAUACGUGGGCAGUGGGCAGCAUGGAGGUGGAGCCGGAGGCGGUCAGCUGCGAGUGCUGCGGCCUGGAGGAGGAGUGCACGGGCGACUACAUCGUCGGCGUGCGGGCCUACUUCGGGGGCAGGUGGCUGUGCGGCCUGUGCUCGGAGGCCGCCAAGUACGAGGCCGGCAAGGAGUGCGCCCGCCGCGGAGCCGGAGCCUCAGCCGCGGCGGCGCCGCCCGACGUGGAGGAGGCCGUGCGCGCGCACAUGGCCAUCUGCCGCACGCUCAAGGGCGGCGGCGGGCCCGCGGGCCGCGUCGCCGAGGGCAUGCGCCAGAUGCUGCGCACCGCGUCCUGGAAGAAGGCCGCGUCGUCGUCUGCCGCGUCGCCGAGGGGACCCGCGGCCGGUCACCACCGCGCCUCGCCGGUGUCCGUCGGGCCCUGAUACGGUUCGGUGGUCGCGCUGCGGGCGGGCCGGGGCCGGGGCCGGGGCCGAGGCGCGUGCAGCAGCCCUGGCUUCGCUCGCGGUCCUUUCGUCUCGUCGACGGCUUGCUACGCGCCCUCUAGGACGGCACCGGCUGGCCGGUACGUACCGGCAUUCUUGCCUACUAGCUAGAUCGCCGUGUGGGUCUUCGCAGCUUGUAUGUAACUUUUUGUUUUUGAUCCAUUCCAGUGUAUAUGUAUAUCGGACCAAUCAAAAGCCUUUGAUAUGAUGGCUUAGUUUGAUUAAUCGAGGAAUCAAAAAGCCUUUAUGCAUCGGAUUCGGAUA